AUGGCUAACGGAUGCCCUGUUAUGCACGCGCACAUCCCGCCCCUGCCGUUUUAUGCGGUCGUCCCUUUUAUGCGUAAUACAACCGCGGGCCUGUCGUGUGCCUCCAUUUCCUUAUCAGCCCAACCAUACACACUUCCCACUCUCAAUCUCACUCUCACGGCCACCACCACCACCACCACCACCACCACCCAUCCCUCCCUCCCUCCUUUUCGACCGCCCUUCGUCCCACGCCAUUUAGCAUCCAUUCUAUCCGGCCCCCAGCUGCAUGCGCCAAACUGCACAACUCCUUCCCCCCCGAAGGCCGCCUUGACCCUCCUGCAACACCACAAAUCAAGGUCUCGUCGACACCGACCCAGAUCAACCGCGGCAGCCUGCCCGGAUUAACAAUCCCCUAGGCUGCUGUUCGUCGUUGCCCAGGGCUGACCAAUACCCACGAGAACUGUCCUGUCACGGCCACCGAUUCCUCGGCCCUCAGAUUCCCGGCCCUUGACUCCGACUGACGCUAAAGACUGCUCACGCCAGCUGCUCGCCACCAUCGCUUGCAACUCAUAUCUAUGGAUAUAGUCCAUUAACAACUCCUAUCGGCCUCCUCCGACCCCAGAUGACCCAGCGGUUUGCUCUGGCUCUGGAUAGACUGCAAUCCACCUCCACCACCUUGCAUCGUGCAGAAGUCCCCGGCCAUCGUCUUUCCACUUCCCCAUCCUCUCAUCCCUGCCGACCUAUACCGUUCGCUUUUGUCGACCAGACAGGCAGGCCGACGGAGAGCACCUUCAUCCGUUUCCUACC